ACCCACCCUCGCUCCCUGAUCCUUCCCACUCUCGUCCGCACCCCCGCCGCGGCGCCGCCGGACCUCGACGCUGCUUUGUUCCCUUUACUCCCGUCCUCGCCGCGGCGCCGCCUGGCCUCGACGCUGCCUCUGAUUUCCCAGCGCACAAGCCGCCCCUUAGCCAUCUGCUCUUCCUACGGAGUUUGCUAUUUAAACUGUCUUCAGAUUUCACAGAAUCAAACAGGCUUUGCACUUGGAACUCUUGCUCGCCGAACCUUCGAUUUGUCUCCGCAUAACUCUCCCACUAGUGUAGAAACUAUAAAUCACAUAUAUUCCGCAUAACUCUUCCACUGGUGCAGAAAAUAUGAAUGCAUUCUUAAACAGAAAUUUUGGUCUCCCAGUCAUGGCUUCCUUCCGCCGCCUCUCCCUUCUUUCUUGUUCCAACCCGAGCCACAGUUCCUCACCCUGGGCAAGUUCAGAGGACGAAGAGCUUUGUACUGAUUCUUGUGGUUCAGACAAUGGAUUGACUCUCCAUGAUCAUCUGAUUCCCGUCCGCCGCGAUGCUGACUUGCACACGGGCAGAAAAUUUAUCAUGUUCCAUGCCCAAGUUGGUAACUUGACUAUGGCACGAAGAUUGUUCGACAAAAUGCCCUAUCGGAAUGUGGUGAUUUGGACUGCUUUGAUUUCUGGGUAUGCCCGAUGUGGUCAAGCAAUGGAAGCGUUGGAAUUGUUUUCUCUUAUGCGAUCAUCUGGAUUUAGUGGCAACCAGUUUACCUAUGGUAGCGUUCUGCGAGCGUGCACCUCUUUGGGUUUCAUCAGCAAUGGUCAGCAGAUUCAUGGAUGUAUUACCAAAAGCAGAUUUGAGGAUAAUUUGAUUGUUCAGACUGCUCUCAUUAAUAUGCAUCUCAAGUGCGGAUCAGUGGCUGAUGCAGGGCAUCUGUUUGCUAGGAUGGAGAAAAAGGACGUUGUCACUUGGAAUUCAAUGAUAGGUGGUUGUGCCGUGCGAGGCCUAAGGGAUGAUGCUUUUAAAAUUUUUGGUUCAAUGAUUAGAGAGGGUGUGCGGCCUGAUCAAUUCACUUUUGCGAAUAUUCUGAGGGCAUGCAGUGCGGCUAGAGUUCAGCUGCAUGUUGACCAGAUCCAUGCUUCAAUUAUCAAGUUGGGACUUGAGAGCCACGCCAUGCUCUCUGGACCGUUGAUUGAUGCAUAUGCAAAAUGCAAAAACUUGGAUGAGGCGACAAAGCUAUAUAACUCCAUCGUUGAUAGGGAUCUGAUUUCUGCUACUGCAUUAAUUACUGGGUAUGCAAGCGACAAUAGGUUUUGUCGGAAAUCGAUGGAUAUCUUCCAUCAAAUAAAUCGCAUGGGAAAUAGGAUAGACAAGGUUAUGAUAUGUGCCAUGUUUAAUGUAUGUGCAAAUGCUCCUGACUUAAAUUUUGGAAGACAGAUCCAUGCGUAUAUGCGCAAGAUCCACUUUGAUUUUGAUUAUGAUACAGCAUUGGGAAAUGCUCUGAUUGACAUGUAUGCCAAGUCAGGUGAACUUCAUGAUGCCUCUAGUGCUUUUGAAGAGAUGAGAGAAAAAGAUGUCAUUUCAUGGACUUCAUUGAUAACCGGAUAUGGAAAGAAUGGCUGUGGAGAAAAUGCAGUGAAACUAUUCUCAAAGAUGGAAGCGAAUGAGGUGAAGCCAAAUGGUGUCACAUUCCUUGCUCUUAUAUUUUCAUGCAGUCAUUCAGGCUUAGUUAUCAAGGGUUUGGAGUAUCUGAACCUGAUGGUAAAAAAGUAUCAUAUCAAGCCAAGAGAAGAACAUUAUUCUUGCAUUGUAGAUCUCCUUGCCCGUGGAGGUCUACUAAAGGAAGCUUAUGAUCUAGUUUAUAAGAUGGAUAUCAAGCCCAAUGCAUCACUUUGGGGUGCCGUGCUUGGUGCUUGUAGUUUGUAUGGUCAUACAUCCCUCGGUGAGGUAGCUGGUGGAUAUCUUCUUACAUUAUUUCCUGAAAGAUCUGUCAAUUAUGUAGUUCUUGCAAAUAUAUAUACUGCAGCAGGCUUAUGGGAUUCAGCAUGGAGGACAAGGAAAAUGAUGGAAGACAGAUCAGAAAAAAAGGAUUCUGGUUAUACUUAUAUUUAGUUCACAGCAUGCCAAUCAUGUUUCCUGCAAAAACAAGAUGUUUAGGAUUUACCCUAAAGCAGCGAAAUCAUAUUUCCUAGGCUGUUUCAUGAACGGCACAGCAGACUGUUUGAUCACGAAUAAACUGUAGUUGCCAGAGCUUUUAGGAUGAGGAGAUACAGAAUAGACUCUGCUAUCAGAUGUCUUAGAAUAUCAUAAAACAACAGCAAACUGAAGCAUAGAAGAGGUGGCUGGAAAAGGAGCAUAAAACAACAGCAAAAUGAAAAUGCUAAUUCCAUACAGAUUGAAGGACUUCUUUAUUCGAAUGUUGAUGAGAAGUAAGGUAUCCCUACUUAACUAUUAAUCAUGUAAUUCUACCCAAAGCAAAACUAAUUCAACCAUAUAAUUGAUCUUGCAUGUAUGUCAUUAUGGUUGACAUCGCUACUACACUCUAAAGGGU